CCCACUGCAAAUGAAUCUAGAAAUGAAGUGUGGACCAUUUGGAUCAGCAGCUCUGUUCUGUAAUGUAUUAAUCUGUACUUGCAUAAACAUUUCAGAGGAAGUUGAAAAUGAACAUGUUAGUUUUCUUGGUACACUGCAGUGGCCUGUAUGAUGAAGCAGGGUUACUGGCUUAUCGGGGUAACUUGUCGGAUUUAAGGUACCACAGUUGAAACGGACUUCAUAUUCGUUCACUUACGUUUCGCCCACACUACCUUAAAUCCGACAAGUUACCCCGAUAAACCAGUAACCCCGCUUUGUAGUAUAGACCACUGGUUCAGAGCUGUAGUUCUGAGUCAGGGUGUCUGUUCUCGUUAGUGUCUGUGAAGAUGUGCGAGUGCCCUGUGACGUACUGUCCAACCCUCUGACUUAGCUUCCCUUUUCACUGUACAUUCUGGAACACUGAAUUCACUGGAGAGAUCCUUAAAGGAUGGAUUCUGUUACCUCAAACUAGUCAGCAAGAGAAAAAUGUGGUUAUUGUAUAACGACAUGGUUAUAUUCUCUGCUUGUUCUGCAAGUUUGAAAUUGUGAGUUUUAAUCCAUCUGUUUUCCAGCUACUUAUCCAGUGAAGGGUUAUGUGGGGGCCUGGAAAUAAUCUCAGGCAGUUUAGGCUUGAGACAUGAGAACACAGUGGAAAGGAUGCCAGUUCAUCACAGACAACUUAACUUGGAAAUCUUACUUCACUGUAUGUGUUGAGGGAAGUUAAGCCACAAAGAGAGAAUAUCACACUCAAUAUCCCCAUAGCAGGUUGGGAUUUGAACCCUAAAUGCAACACCGAUAUCAGCUUGUUUUCGUUUUGUCGUAGGUCAGUGUACUAUUGUAGUACACUUGCAUCAAAAAUAAUAUGAUGAAAAGCUUAGACUAAUGGGCUAGUCUGCCUUGUAUUAAAUAGAAAAUGGUUGGCAUUUAUUGAGAUUUCCACGUACAGUUAGUGGUAAUAUAUUUCUAAUUAGAAUGCAAUUAAAGGACAAAUUCGUAUGACGUGGACUACACAUCCCAUUUACGAAUAACACCCCUGAUGUGCGUCAAGACGUCGUUUCCGUGGAAACGGCCAAGCUAUUUGAAGCGCAAAUUCGCGUAAACAAAGCAGUGAAGUCGGUUCAGCUCUUUACUACGUAUUUUAAAUUGCGCAGCGUGUUAUUUUAAUUAAAACAGACAUUCGUACAGUAGCGCUUUAAAUAAGUAGGAAUAUCGCAUAAAUUUAAUUCCCUUAUUGGAUUAUGGAAUGGAUGUCAGAUUGAUGGAACCAGACUUUCGGUUGAGUCAUUUUCAAUAGUUGGUUGAAUUCUGUUAUUUUUACUGAGUGCUAUAUGCAUUUGUAUUGCUUAAUGCUAUUUUACUGUAUGGUCAUAUUCAUUAUUUAUUGUGUGCCAUUUGAAGUUGUACCCGUUUUACAUUUGGCGUAGUUUAUUGUGGUUUGUGAACCAGGCAACUUAAGCCAAAAUGAUUUUCUGAACAGAAAAAAAUGAAUUCGAGUUUACCUAUCUAAUAUUGAAGCUUAUGUUUUUUAACUGGAAAAAGUUCGUCAUGUAAACAUCUCUCGUUAGAGAUGAAAGUAUGUAAAAUACGGACUGAGCGCGCAACAAUCUGAACUAACGAGGCAACAUGAAAGACCUGGCAGGGGACUCCAAGGAUCACCAGCUAACGGUGGCCCUGCGUAUUCGUCCAAUGAAUGAGGCUGAAAUUGAGGAGGGGGCUGCCGUGAUAGCCCACAAGGUGGACGACCAGAUGGUUGUUCUUAUGGAUCCCUGUGAGGACCCCGAUGAUGUUUUGCGUGCUCAUCGUUCAAGAGAGAAAACGUACAUGUUUGACGUAACUUUCGACUGUACAGCAACUCAGGAUGAUAUUUAUGUGGCCACCACCAAGAACUUAAUUGAAGGGGUUAUUUCCGGUUACAACGCCACAGUUUUUGCAUAUGGACCAACAGGUGCAGGAAAGACCUAUACGAUGCUGGGCCUUGACUCUGAGCCAGGAAUCUAUAUUCGAACACUGAAUGAUCUUUUCAGAGUUAUUGAGGAAAACAGCGAGGACAUGGAUUGCAGUGUCUAUAUGUCAUAUCUGGAGAUCUACAAUGAGAUGAUCCGUGACCUUUUGAAUCCCUCAUCAGGGUAUCUUGAUCUAAGAGAGGACUGCAAAGGGGAAAUCCGUAUCGCAGGCAUCACAGAAUUCUCUACAAGCAAUGCGAGGGAGAUAAUGCAGCUGCUCACCAAGGGAAAUAAACAAAGGACCCAGGAGCCCACCGCUGCCAACAAGACGUCGUCUCGCUCUCAUGCCAUCCUGCAGGUGACAGUGAAGCAGAAGAGCAGGCUGAAGGGAACCAGCCAGGAGGUGCGGGUGGGCAAGCUGUUCAUGGUGGACCUAGCAGGAACUGAGAGAGCUUCGCAGACCCAGAACAAGGGAAAGCGGAUGAAGGAGGGAGCUCACAUUAAUCGCUCCCUGCUGGCCUUGGCAAAUUGUAUUAACGCACUGAGUGACAAGGCUGGACGGGGCCCCCAGUUUGUCAAUUACAGGGACAGUAAACUCACCCGUUUGCUAAAGGAUGCUUUGGGUGGGAACAGUAGGACAGUGAUGAUCACUCACAUAAGUCCGGCCAGUACUAACUUUGAGGAAUCCAGAAAUACUCUCAUGUAUGCAGACAAGGCCAAGAACAUUAAAACUAAAGUGAAACGCAACCUGCUAAAUGUGUCCUACCAUAUAGCGCAGUACACCGGCAUCAUUGCAGAGCUUCGCAAAGAGAUUGAGAGAUUACAAGCCAAGAUAGAAGAACAGGACCAGGAGCAGCUGAGGAAAGGAGACAAAGCUGACAUACGUGAUGUACAAGAAGUGCAGCAGCACUCGGCCCAGUACAGCCAGAGGGAGAUGGGUCGGCUCCGUGAGCAACUGCUCUGCGCUUUCCGGGAGCAGAUGGAGAUACGUCGCAGUCUGAUGGAGCUAGAGAACUGCAAUAUGGAGCUCCACAUUGACACCUCCAGGCACCUGGCCACCAUCUCAGACUGGGAAAGGGAGAAGGCAAGGUGUGCUAAGAAAUGGAGGGAGGAGGGGCGCAGUGAGAAGAUAGACAGAGACAAGGAGGAGGGGGAGCAGGACAGCGAGGCUGAGGAGAUGGACUCGGCCGAGCCCCAGGAUGUCACACUGGCUCGGGAAGAGAUCGGCACGCUCCUCAAGGAACAGAGGAGAACCAUGGCCCUAAAGUCAGAUCUGGAGGAGAAACUGGCAAGCAUGAAUAUCAAGUCAUCGAAGAUGGAGGAGCUGCUGCCCAGUCGGAUCAGCAACGGGGAGCAGCGGGAGAUCCUGGCGCUGCUGUGUCGUGUGCACGAGCUGGAGGUGGAGAACACAGAGAUCCAGUCAGCAGUGCUGUGCAAGGAGAACGUCCUGCGCACCAAGGACUUCAUGAUCCAGCGCUAUGAGCAGCACCGCUCACUGUGUGAUGAGAUUAUCCAGCGGCAGAAAAGCCUCAUCGAAGAACAUUCUAUUCCAGUACCCCUGGAGCUUGAGCAGCUGUACAUGGUGUAUUACAGUGAGUUGGAUGGAAGCAUCGACAAAAUCCUUGGUCUCCAUAACAUCGCAUCGAGCACGAUGCAGAACGGAUCAAUAUUAGAUAUAGCAAAACAGCUGAAGCUGGGAGAUUUGAUUCCUGAACUGGAAUCAAACGAUGACCGUAGCCCUAGGUCAGCCACUGAAGAGGAUAAAAGGUCUAAUUUUCCACAGAAUUAUGAUCCACUUCCUCCAUCUGAACUGGAUAAUGAAAGUGAAAACAGCAAAGUGUUUAAAUCCACUUUGAAGUCCCAUCAAAUGAAGAGUGGUCACAUCUUCUCCACUCCCCUUUCAUUAAAUCAGGUCGGUGCUGAAAAGAUGAAGGAGAUCUCGUCUGACACCAAGAGCAUUUCCGUCAUCGCAGCUAAGCGGCGGACACGCAUGAACACCGUGACAGCGACCAGCGGCCUCUCCAGGGCCAAGGAGAGGAGCCUGAUGUCAGUGCAGUCCUUGGAGGAAGCGGACGAGUCGGACGGGGCCGUCUCAGAGCCCCAAGGGACCCCACUAACCACCGCCGUCAGGCCGGCCGUCAGCAACGACAGCUUGGCCAUAUACACUCCGAUUGAGCUGGAUCCCAAGAGGAGAUCCCGGAGGCUGCAGGGAAGCUCUCGUUCCAGCUCCAAAAAGGAGCCACACCGGGGGGACCGGAGGAACAUCUCCAUCGAGAGGCGCGCACGCAAGAAGCGCUCCAAAUCUUUCGAGGCCACUGCUAAAUGGAAACCCAAGAUCAUUGCUUCCAGGAAUCCAGUCCUUGAAAGCAUCUCAGACAACAGACUUGUACUGCACUCAGAAAAUGCAAACAGGUUCUUGCGAAUGCAUGUGGAAAAUCCCUCACCACCACCCCCACCAACAAAGGUUAAAUAUCCCAUCUCUCAUUACACAGGUGAAAGCCACCUCCAAAAGCUGGAGAUGAGAAGCACCCCUCCCAGCACCAUACACCAGUACAACGCCGAUGGCAGAAGAGGGCAGACCGUGCACAAGCGUGUCAGAGGCCCGUCGGAACCAUCAAGCACGAACCAGCUUCUUCUGCAGCCUGGAAACUACAAACGGACGCCCAUCUUCAACGUUAGACACAAGGGCACGGCGCUCAGAAGUGACAACCGCUACAAGAAGGGGACAUACUGAGGAAAGGGAGCGCUUACACACUGCUGUCCUUCAUAUGUGCAGAGACUGCUGGGUCAUCUCUAACACAGUGUGUGUAUGUAAGCAAUGCUGCAAAAAGUUAGCUUUCAGACUCACUGACCACUUCAUCACUUUAAACCAGUGUUCCCCAAUCCAAUCCUUCAGGUCCCACAGACAGUCCAUGUUUUUGCUACUGGGAGCUGGGAGGGAGCAAAAAUGUGGACCGGCUGUGGGUCCCUAAGGAUUGGAUUGGGAACCACUGCUUUAAACACAUUUCCCAUAAUCUCAUCUUUUGAUAUACUUCUUAUGCAGUGCAUGUUGUGUAAUGAUUAUAUCUUUCCUACUCCUAUAUUUUUGUGGAAAAUGUGUUCCGUAUAUAUUGGAACUGUUUAAUAUAUUUGAGUGAAAGAUAUUUGUUGAAGGGCGGUGCAGUGGUUAGCACUCAUAUCUCUGGGACCCGGGUUCGAGUCUCCGCCUGGGUUACAUGUGUGUGGAGUUUGCAUGUUCUCCCCAUGUCGUCGUGGGGUUUCCUCCGGGUACUCCGGUUUCCCCCCACAGUCCAAAAACAUGCUGAGGCUAAUUGGAGUUGCUAAAUUGUCCGUAGGUGUGAAUGUGUGCGUGAAUGGUGUGUGAGUGUGCCCUGCGAUGGGCUGGACCCCCCAUUCUGGGUUGUUCCCUGCGUCGUGCCCAUUGCUUCCGGGAUAGGCUCCGGACCCCCACGACCCAGUAGGAUAAGCAGUUUGAAAAAUGGAUGGAUGGAUGGAUGGAUGGAUGGAUGGAUAUUUGUUGAUCCAUGCCUGUUACGUAUAUGAAUUAUAUAGGAAAAGCCCAAACAGGUACGGUGCUGUAGCACCAAACCCCAUAUGGUUUGUAAAAUUGCAUUCAUUCUUUUGUUAAAGAACAGAUAUGUAGCACAGAGACCAAGUGAGAUUUUCAAUGUCUCUUUCAGUGUAAUUAAAAUGCCCUGUGUUUAUACUCCAAACAUUCAAAGGUGUUUUUUAAUCCACCUUGUUUGUGCUUUCAGUGGGUUGAGUGAGCCUUUCGUUUACCCUUUUCUAAUGUUGAUUGAAGCCACCUAUUAAAUUUACAAUCAUUUCAUAGUUAUGUCCCUUUUCAUUAGGACUCACCUCUGUCAGAAGUACCUGUAUGUCUUAAAUUGUGAUUUCGAGGUACCAUUACUCAUUCAUUUUAUGAAGUGGUGUCCAGUCAUUUCUACGUAUCCAGUUAGAGAUAACAAAGCCUAGUUUGCAAACCAUAGGGCAAGACAUGGCGCACAGUCGAUGACACACAGUGGAUUAUAUGCCACCAGCACACCCUAACAUCAGGAAAGUGGCAUGUUCAGAGGCAGGCCAGGCAGAAGAAUGAAGCACAUCUGAUGGGAUGCCCAGAUAGGGCAUGAUGGGAUACGUAGAUGGAGCAUGAUGGGAUGCCCAGAUAGGGCAUGAUUGGAUACGUAGAUGGAGCAUGAUGGGAUGCCCAGAUAGGGCAUGAUGGGAUACGCAGUUGGAGCAUGAUGGGAUGCCCAGAUGGAGCAUGGUGGGAUACCCAGAUAGUGUAGGUGUCUGAUUUAAGCCAAAGAAAGGAAACUGCAGCAGCUGAUCACAGAAAUAAGAACAAGGGAUUACUCAGUUUAAAAAGCUCCGAAAAUAUACCUGUAUGUACAUACUGUCAUUUAAUUUAAAUAACCCAUAUUAUGACCCACAGUGCUCUCAUAACAUUGAAUUAUCAAACUGCGGUAGUUCUCUUGCCUUUUUCCAACUCGAUUUUUACUUAGUGUAAAAAUGCAUGGUGCUGUUUGAGUUAUCUGGUACAUGCUUACAUAAGGCUAAUUACUCAGAUGUUCAUAACCAGUGGGUUAUGAAGGUCUGUGUUAAGUGCAAAAUAUAUCUGCUUAUUUGUGCAUUGAAGUUUAAAUGGAAUCUCACCGACAGUUAAAUACACAGUAUCUACCACUAGGUGGAAGCAAUGUAUUGUGUGAUACAAAUCACUUAGCAUCAGUAUUUUAGCUUCCUGUCAUGCCAAUACAGCCGUUAACUCGACUGUUAAUCAUUGAAGAGGAAGGAGAUUGAGAAGUGAAUCUAUAAGGUUUCUUAAUUAGCAAUGUCAUAUAAUAGCUUAUUCUCACGGAUUACUGGUUACCCUAACAGGUGUGGAAACUACAGUGAUCUACCUGCAGCAGCAGAUGCCCAUUGUCCUGGUACUUAGAUUCUAAUGGUGUCAAAAGAGCAUUUUUCACAUCCAUGCACAGCAAUGCAUUAUAGGUAUGUUGGCAUAGCUGAUAAGAAACGUAGGCAGCUGAAGGACCCAGGGAUAGACUACAGGCGACGGCUCGCUGAAUUUGUUAUGGCGCAGGAGCUGAGCAGCUCCGGCUUGGGGAAAGGUCAGGGCGGUUUAUAAAAAAGCCUUUCUCAGGAUUCGCUCUGACGGGCCUGUCACAGACCCUCCACUUUUUUGAAGCGGCAAAAUUGCGAUUCACGCAAUUCAAGCCGGUGGCAUUGGUGAGGAAGUGCAUCAGGAGGCAAGUUAAUAAAGAUGCCAUGCUGACAGUCUGUGGCAUGAAAGAUGAUUGAGUGAAGUGAAGAUCUGCAGAUACCAAGUGGUGUAUAAAACAUGCAUGGCGGUUACACUUUUCACUUGUACGUGGAAGAAAUUAUAAUUGUUCACCAUUAAUCAUUAAAGGAUGCAGCUCACAGAGAUGCCAUCCCAUAAUACAUCAGGGAUGGCGACAUACAAGCAGCAGAUAAUAACAUUUCUGUUCUAGAUACAUAUAGCUGUUUACUGCUCUGUAGUUUUACCCCUCAAUAAAAAUAUAUUUCAAUAAAUGCCUUCUUCAAAUAUAAACUUUAUUUUAUUCAUUAUUUAGAUGUAUUUGUCUUGUUUAUUAUUAUGUUUAAUUAAUGAUGUUUAUAUUACAAUUCAUUUUGCCAUACAGACGUGUUUGACAUGCUUACAUGUAUUGCAAGGCCUGUAUAGCAAUCCCAUGUGUCAGAUAUUGCUUAUUUGAUAGAUAACAGCAAAUAAUGUUUUCUUGUAUUGGUAGUAAUGUUUUAUUUAAUCAGUCCUUAUUGCCCACAUUUGUUAGUUCAGCCACAACUUAAGGCAUUGAACAAGGUCUUACAGAGAAACAGACACACUGAUGUUGAGGUGAAAAUCACAUAAGCAAUUUUGCCUCAUUUUUUUCCACUGUGUCCAUUGAAAAAUGGAACAAUUUUAUAGUAGAUUUUCGAACCUUGUGAAUGAUUUGCAGCAUUGUCAGUUUGGUGUUUCUGCAAUUUGAUGUCAUUAAUAAACAGAGGAUUUACUAAGUCCAUCCACCUUCCACCUGCUUAUACUGCGUU